AUGGAGAUCGAAAACGGCUAUCCGUUACGAUUGGAAACGUCAUCGAAGUCCGACACCAUAUGCUACAUUUUGUACGAUAUCAACGUGGAACAACUUCAUCAUGCCCUGCUAGAUAAUUUCACCGAUCUGAUUCAGUUCUUUCGCGCACGCUGCAAGAAACAAUUUGACGUGAAAAUCGGGAACGAUUGCAUAGAGAUUGAACAGUUCGAACACCAGCUACGACCAUUUUUGUCAGACUCAAAAAGAACUUUGUAUCCUUUAGUGGUUGGUUUCGUAUCGGAUUGUUGCCAACCGACCACCGAAAAGAUUGUUGCAUGCUGUUACGUCAUUCACUUGCGGUUAGAUGCACAGGAACCGGUUGAUACUGGUGUUAUGUAUACUUUUUGGAAAACGAAUUGGAACAGACUCUUGACACCUCAGGCUGUGUAUGCUGCACGGGACAAUUCUGCCAAUACAACGCAGAACGAAGAUCUAGAGCUGACUGACAUACCGUCCGAUUGGACUCCAUCCUGUUUCAUAUGUCUCAACGAUGUCAAAGAAGAAUUGCGUGUACUCCUUCCAUGUCGCCAUGCGGGUCUUUGUGUGGAUUGUUUCAAAGANCGAUCGAAUGACCAUUCAUUCGCACAACCCAUUGUCCGGUAUGGUUUGUCCGUUGUGUCGCACCACCAUCACCGCGAUUAUGAAGAUGACCCGCGCUUCGGAGGAAGCAGACGCAUCCACUGGUGA